AUGGGGUGGAGGAUGGAUGGGGGGAGGAGAGGGCAAACGGUGGAUGGCGGGAGCGGAAGGCGAGGGAAAGAUCAGCGGAAAGUUGGGGGCAGCGAUUGGCGGAAUGGGCUGGGGGGGAAGGCGAGGGCGGAGGGUCAGGGGAGAGAUCAGCGGAGAGAUGGGGGGAGCGGAGGGGUGGGGGAGGCACGAGGGGCGCGCGGGGAGGACGAGGGGGGCGGACAGAGAGGGGUGGGCGCGGGGGCAGGGGACAGGGUUCAGGGUUUAGCCGUUACGGGACGGAUUGGUUUGAUGAGGGGCGUGGAGGGUUUCGGGGGAGACGGCGGGGAGAGGGGGAUGGGGAAAGGGCGGAGUGGCAAGGGGAAGGAAGGGGGAUCGGCGGAAGAGGGGAGAGCGGAUGGGGGGAGGGCGGAGAGGGUUUCGGCACUGGCGGGUGGGAGAGGGGGAAGGGACGCGCGGCAAGGGGGGUGGGGGGGUGAUGCGGAUGAGUGGGCGGAGGACGGGGGGGAUUGGCGGGUGGCGGAGCGGGAGGCUGAUGAUUGGGGGGACGACAGGGGCGCGCGGGGGGACGGGGGAAGGGCAAGGGGAGGCGGGGCAAGCUCGAGGGGGGGCAGGAGUGGCGGAUGGGAAAGAGGAGGGCGCAAUGGCGGAGAACAGAUGGGGGUUUACGAGCAGUGGAGCAGGGGGAUGAGCAAGCGGAGGGCGAAGGUUGUGGGGGUGCGGGAGGAGGGAGAGGGGGGCAUGGGGCAAGGUGGGGAGGAGGGGAAGGCGGGGAGAGAGGGUAAGGAAGGGAAGGAGGGGAGGGAAGGGAAUGAGGGGAGGGAGGGCAUGGGGGAAGAAGGAGGGAAUUCAGAUGAGGAGGGGGGGAGGCGCUGGUGGCAGCGCGGGGAUAAGUAUGUUCGGGGGGAGAGGAAUUUGAGGGAGGAGGGGGAUGUGAGGGGGGAGAGGAAUUUGAGGGAGGAGGGGGAUGUGGGGGGGGAGGGGAAUGUGAGGGGGGAGAGGAAUUUGAGGGAGGAGGGGGAUGUGGGGGGGGAGAGGGAUGUGCGUGGUGAGAGGGGUGAGGGUAGGGGGCGCAACGUGGAGGAGAGGAUGUAUAAGGGGAGGGAUUAUAAGGAGGGGGGUUAUGAGAGGAGGGAUUACAGUGAGCCUGAGAGAGUGCAAGAGGAGAGGGGUUAUGAUAGGAGGAGCGGGUACAGCGGCAGAGGAAGGUAUGAGGGGGAGGGGCGCAUGGAAAGAGACAGGGGCGUGGGUAACAGGGAAGGGGUGGGCGGUAGCAGAGGGGGGACGGGUAGCAGGAGAGUAGACAGGGAAGGGGGCUAUGAUGAGAGGAACGGGUACAGCGGCAGAGGGAGGUACGAGGGGGAGGGGCAGAUUGAACGAGACAUGGGCAUGGGCGGUAGCAGAGGAGGCAUGGGUAGUAGCAGCAGAGUAGACAGGGAAGGUGGCUAUGAUGAGAGGAACGGGUACAGUGGCAGAGGGAGGUACGAGGGGGAGGGGGGCAUGGAGAGGGAUGCAGGUGCGGGCGGCAGGGGAGGCAUGGGCGGGGGAAGGGGAGAUGGGAACGAGAGGGAUGAAUAUGAUGGUAGGGGCGUUUGCACGAGGGGAGGAGGUGAGCCGAGGGGCAUGGGCACUGGAAGCAGGGGGGGUAUGAGCGGGGAAAGAGGAUUGAACGGAGGCAGAUUGGGCAGGGAAAGGGGAGCAGAGGGAGGGAGAGGGGCAAGGUGGGAGAAGGAAGGAGGCACGAGUGGUAGAGGCACUCGGCGAGAAUAUGCUGAAUGGGAGGAGCAGGAAGGAGAGGAAGGAGAGGAAGGUGAUGAGGAGGGGAUGCGAGGAGGCGGAGGGAGAGGCAGCAGUGGUGGGAGAGGCACGUUGCGGCAGUCGUCAACAUCAGAAUCAGCGGUAUCAAGUUUACCUGCUGCUGUUCUUGAAGAGCCCACUUUGAACUGCGAGCAUUUCACAAACUGCUCCAGCUACACUCGCAGUGCUGCCCUUGACCGCGCUCUAGUCAUGGCGGAGGCAGAGGCGCGUAACAUUGCUCAUCACCUGCCUUUCGUCUCCCCCUUCUCUCCCCUUUCCCCCCCAUGCACCUGCUCCGCCUGCACUCCCAAUGCUGCCCUGGACCGCCCUGCCAUUAUCACAGAAGCAGAGGUGCAUAACACCACAGAAGCAGAGGUGCAUAACACCACAGAAGCAGAGGUGCAUAACACCACAGAAGCAGAGGUGCAUAACACCACAGAAGCAGAGGUGCAUAACACCACAGAAGCAGAGGUGCAUAACACCACAGAAGCAGAGGUGCAUAACACCACAGAAGCAGAGGUGCAUAACACCACAGAAGCAGAGGUGCAUAACACCACAGAAGCAGAGGUGCAUAACACCACAGAAGCAGAGGUGCAUAACACCACAGAAGCAGAGGUGCAUAACACCACAGAAGCAGAGGUGCAUAACACCACAGAAGCAGAGGUGCAUAACACCACAGAAGCAGAGGUGCAUAACACCACAGAAGCAGAGGUGCAUAACACCACAGAAGCAGAGGUGCAUAACACCACAGAAGCAGAGGUGCAUAACACCACAGAAGCAGAGGUGCAUAACACCACAGAAGCAGAGGUGCAUAACACCACAGAAGCAGAGGUGCAUAACACCACAGAAGCAGAGGUGCAUAACACCACAGAAGCAGAGGUGCAUAACACCACAGAAGCAGAGGUGCAUAACACCACAGAAGCAGAGGUGCAUAACACCACAGAAGCAGAGGUGCAUAACACCACAGAAGCAGAGGUGCAUAACACCACAGAAGCAGAGGUGCAUAACACCACAGAAGCAGAGGUGCAUAACACCACAGAAGCAGAGGUGCAUAACACCACAGAAGCAGAGGUGCAUAACACCACAGAAGCAGAGGUGCAUAACACCACAGAAGCAGAGGUGCAUAACACCACAGAAGCAGAGGUGCAUAACACCACAGAAGCAGAGGUGCAUAACACCACAGAAGCAGAGGUGCAUAACACCACAGAAGCAGAGGUGCAUAACACCACAGAAGCAGAGGUGCAUAACACCACAGAAGCAGAGGUGCAUAACACCACAGAAGCAGAGGUGGAGUGGCGGUGCCAUACCGAGCUGCCAGUGAGGGGCACAGCAGGGGAUCGGCUGGUGGGGCUGCCUUGUCAAUAUAUUGCUGUCUCCUCCCCCCACCAUUUACAGGUGGAGUGGCGCUGCUGUGCCAAGCUAGCAGUGAGGGGCACAGCACACCCCAUGUCUUUCCCGCAACACCCACCCGUUGCCCAACCCUUGUUGCCCGAGCAGGUGGAGUGGCGCUGCAGAGCCAAGCUAGCAGUGAGGGGAACAGCAGAGGAGCCGCUGGUGGGGCUGUAUGCAGCACGGUCUCACGAUGUGGUGGAUAUUCCCACGUGUAGAGCCCCUAUCCGCUCCGCCGUGGCAGCAAACCUUCCUCCCGCCGCCACGCCUCCAUCUGCCCGCCGACGCGUCCGACCUCCGCGCCGACGCGGACGACCAGCGCGGCGACGCGGACGACCUGCGACCGCCGCGGACGGCCAGCGCGCGACCCCCGACGACCAGCGCGCUGCCGCGGACGGCCAGCGCGGCCUCGCCGACGGCCCGCGCGCUGACGCGGACGGCCAGCGCGGCCCCGCCGACGACCCGCGCGCUGACGCGGACGGCCAGCGCGGCUCCGCCGACGACCCGCGCGCUGACGCGGACGGCCAGCGCGGCCCUGCCGACGACCCGCGCGCUGACGCGGACGGCCAGCGCGGCCCCGCCGACGACCCGCGCGCUGACGCGGACUGCCAGCGCGGCCCCGCCAACGAGCCGCGUGCUGACGCGGACAGCCAGCGCGCGGCCACGAAAGAACCGCGCGCCACCGCGGACGGCCAGCGCGCGGCCGUCGACGCCCCUGCGCCGACGUGGACGGCUGGCGCGCAGCCGCGGCUGAUCUGCCCGCCGUCGCGUUCGCCUGCCCGCGAUCUCCACGACCUCGAAACCCUAAUACCUCCCCGCACUUCCGCACCAGCCUCUCUUCCCCUCUACCUCCUCCCCCUACUCCACCCCUAA